GUCAUUUUGAAAUUAAUUUUUGGUUUUUGGCCGCGUGCGUUUCUUUUCCCGUUAGUUUCUUUUUGGUGCUGGUCGAGAUAGGAGAGGGGUCUGGGGUCGAAGACAGGGGCGGCGCCUCCCGUCGCCAUCCAUCCUCCUCCCGUCGCCAGCCAUCUUCGCCGGAUGUCCAGGGACGGCGGAGGCAGGUCGAGAACCAGGGACGGCGGAGGCAGGAGGUUUCGCCGGCGGAGAUUUUGUCAUGAUGUAGCUGACCAUGGAAAGUAUUAUUCUGAUGAUGGGGACAUUGAAGGGGACAGUGUGUAUAGCGACAGUGAUGGUUUGGAAUAUAGACCAAGAGACACUAUCUUAGAUGAUGCAUUAUUUGGGUUCUUCAGGAAACAAGCUGUUAAAUCAUUGAAGAGAAAUUUCUCAGAUUUUUGCAUGGAUGGUUCAGCAAGAAUGAAGGCUAAGCCGAACACACAUGAUGGUGUCAGUAGGAAUGUGUUCAGCAGAUACUCAAUAAAGUAUUAUGUUGAAGUAAUAAGGAAGUUGACUGUAGAACAGAGAUCUGUUAUUGAAAAGUUUGGUUUUGGAUGCUUGUUACUUCUUGAUUUGCAUGACAUCCCAUCACAGUUCGCUAGGUGGGUUGCUGAUUGUGUGGACCCUGUUUGCUCUCAGAUCACAGUGUGUUACAAACACAUUGACAUAUCGAAGAGUACUGUCCAUCUGAUUCUUGGCCUGCCAAAAGAUGGGUUAGAGGUUCCUUGUAACAGCGACGAAGGCAAGGACUUUAUCUUGAGUCAUUUUCACUUGUCUGAAAUGCCUUAUAUCACUUUCUUCGGCAACAAAUUAUGCGGGUCUGAAGUAUUAAGUGAGCAUGAUAUUUUUGUGUGCUUCAUGGUGGUUGCCAUAUCUUGCUUCUUAUGCCCUAAUCUCAGAGAAUAUCCGAACAACAAGUAUCUGUCAGUUCUUAGAUUUCCAGAGGCAGCAAGACAAUAUGACUUCAGCAAGCUUGUGUAUGAGUGUUGUCUUGAAAGCAUCAGUGAGUUUAGCAUGUUGGGGAAAUUAAAAGGAAGGAGACUGAGGGCACCCGUUUGUUGCAACUACGUUCUAGUGGUCCACUACCUUGAUUGCUUCGAUUUUGGGAGGAAAAAUGUUGAGCAGACAACCCCUAGGAUAAAGGUUUGGAAGGGAAGUAUGAUUAGAGUAUUCUCAGAGUUAGAUCGGAAAAGACGACAUUGUUUUGGGAAGAGACACUUGAAAGAAGUAUUGGCGACCUGCCGUGCACAGGGUGUGUUCUCUUCUGAUGUAAAUCACCGAAAGACCCAGUCCCCUAUUUUUGAUCCUGUAUCAUUUAAGUUCAGGGAUAAUGUCCAGAAUAGAUUUGUUAGCAAUUUGCGGCCUGAUGUUAUAGAUGGGAUACUGAAUACUAUUGAAAAUUUUGUUUCAAACAAGUCUUCCACCAAACCCAAGAUUGAAGUUCUAGUCACCAAUGUACUGGAUUUUCUCUCCAAUUCAAGGACCACUCCUAGCUCUGUUGACAAAGUGCCGUGGAGGCGAAGCAACUAAUGUAGCGGAUCCAUCUACAAACUUAUGCGACAAUGCCAAGUCAAUGCCAUUAAAGCGUCAAUCCGAUCAAAUUAUUCAACAACACCCAAAUGGCAUCACUGAUCCAGUUACUCCGGAGUGCUUGAUAACUAAAGUUGUGGAGAUGAAUAGUUUUAGGACAGCCCCUGCAAUGAAGCCGUUAAUAAAAGUGAAGGCUAGGAUAUGCCACUUAUUAUCAGCAGAAGAUGAAGCAAAGAUUUUUAGUCAGCAACCACGCUCGCCUGUCGCACACAUAAAUCUGCCCGAUUCACCAUGCUCACAGGUUUGUGUUUUCUUUUCUAUUAGCCACACACACAUUUGGGACAUUUGAUACAGGUUUGUGUUUUCUUUUUAUUUUCAAGUGCGUCAUGUAUAUAUCGUGCCUCAGUUUUGUUGUGAGGUUCACCUGUAGUUGAUUCAGUCAGUAUCACUUUAGUUUGAGGGAAUUUUUUGGUAACCGGCAAUGUAUAGCUCAGUGAUGCUAAGAGUACCUCUUCCACUCAAUCGAUUAAUUUCUUAGCACUAGUAGUCCCUGCUCAUUUCCUGUAAGGAAAUACUAUUGUGCUAAUUCACAUUAUCAUAUCCUUUUGGCUAAUUAGUUCCUUUU